AUGUCCUCCUCACCUAACAUCCCCACUACUUCUUCCAAACCUGACUCUUGUCCUGACCAGUUCGUACAGGACAGCGCUCAUCAUGUCAAGCGCAACUGUGAUAAUCGGAGCAUAGGACCCAAAUCCAAAUCCAAAUCUCCCAUAUAUGAUGCAUCACAGCUUGAGGGCCUUCCCCCCAUAGUACAGCAUAUGUCGUGUUAUGCGAAGCGUGCAAGCUCAAGAUUCAAGCCCUAUCGGCUUGGCAGGCAUGUUCCUAACGCACUAGAGCACCGUUUCAUGGCGAAAAGUGUCAUGAAACAUCCAGAUGGUGUUAUCAGCUUGGCAGAUGUCCAGCAGGGAAAAGAUAUCUUGAGAAGAGGCCUGCAGCAUAUGUCAGACGCGGCCCUGCGGUCAGCUGUCAUCGCAAAGCGAGCUGAUGCAGAAAGCAAGCGCUUACACGCUCUUGCAACAGCUUGGGACCUCGAAUCAACCGAAAGACAUGCAAUACUUCUCCAAAUGAUUCUCCACGACAAUGCGGAAGACUAUCUUCACAGCCUGGAAGAUGCUCAUCUCUUCGAAUCGAUCAUGGUCAAACGUACCCGCCAGCAACUUGAAGAUGACGCGGAUUUCACAGUCGCUGCAUAUAGUCAUGAUGUUGUGGCACACAGUAUAACGGACAACCAACUUGAUCAACUGGAGGGCAUCAGUGCUGAGCGGAAUGUUCCCUUAGAGGACCCUGACAAAUCAGACUCGGAAGAUGUCGAAGAUCGCUUUAACGAUUACUUGGAUUUCAUACUGGAAGGGACGAAGAAUAUGAUCGCGGUUGGCUGA